AUGCGGAUGAGAAGUGUCGUUUUUGCAUCACAAAGAAGCAGCGCUUCGAUUUUUGGACGUCCGCGGUCUGCAUCAUUUUUACACGAAGUUCAUCUACUUGUACUUUCGGACUUCUUGUUCUGCAUUCGAAAUCGAAUUCAGUGCCGCAUCACGACGAGUUUUGCGAAAACCAUCGUGUUUCACACAAGGAGUCAGAUGAAGAAUAUUAUUUGCAGUGUUGAUACUAGAGCAGUUUCUACAGCCACGAGAACGUCUACUCCGUCGAGUACGACUACAGUAGGGGCUUCUUGUGAAGAGAGCAGCAGCAGGACGGUGUCGCGCAGUGCGGGCACUACUCCUACAUCUUCUGCCGGUGGCUCCAGCUCCACGACCAGUGCUGCUUCGCGAGCAAUUCGGACGUUGUCGUCAAGUUAUGCACCUUCCGUCUCCCUUGGUUCGUCAACUUCCAACAUGACUGUGCCCGUUGUGACCUACACCAGUCGCCGGCUGCCGCUGUUCGACCUGUGGCGCAGUGUCGGGAUUUUCUUCCUUGUCAUCCUCUGUGGAGUCACAAUCACGGUAUUAAGCCUAGGCUGUGCCAUAUAUUUGUUUCUGCUUUCACCAUUCAUUGUUUGCUUACUAUGUGCUGGUAGGGCUGCCGUUUAUUUGAUGAUGGCAUAAGGAAUUCUUUCUACUCUAGACUUUCGCUUGUUUCAGUUUCUUUUUCCGAACAAAUUUGUUACGUAUGUACUGAGUCUUAGUAGUAGUAGUUCCACGGAAGAUCUUCUGUUCGGCUACCAAGAAUUCUUUGUGUUGUCUCGUCCAGUAAGAAAGACAAAGAACACAAUGAUCAAACUCUACAAAAAUCGCACAGUGGCAGCAUCUGACCUCCUCUCUGCUACCUGCGUCGCCAAAAUCGUCCCCCGAUCAAACAAAUCCGCUGGACGAGGUUCGUGGGAACAAACUGACCACGACAUUAUCCUACAGCAAAACGUUCCUGCCCUAGUAGAGUCAAGAUGGAGACUUUGCAACGCAAACCAUGAGGCUUUGGCUGUUGCGCAUGACAAGUUCUUUGGGCUCGUAGUGUAAUAAUCCUGUUUCGCUAGUGCAGCCGCGGCGUGAGCAAUCUGCGAUCUCAUUCUGAUGCUAGCAUCACAAACUUCCAGCUACCAUAAUAGUAAGAAUUGCGUGUCACGUUGGCUGCGCACGAGAAACUUUCUAGGCCUGCAGAUUUGCAUUACAAUUGUGGGGUGGGAGCGUUUUUCCGCAGAAUACACACCGCCCCGGAGUCUCGCGUUCGACGACGACUGGCUGCAGUUAAAGGGGGAAAACACGUUUUUGCAACUGAAGGAACUGCAGCAAGAGCAACUGGGACAAGGGAUGACCAAGAUGGACAAGAAGCACACGGUCGUGAUGAAAACGGGAGAAGAUAAAUCGCACCAGAACAAGAAAUAUCAAAUGCAAAAAUGUCUGGGUCUGGAAGAGAGUAAACUUGUCAUGCGGUUUUUCAUGACCCAGGAGGUCUGGAAUGCGGGACCUAGCAUGACAGAGUCUGAGAGGUUUCUGCCAUGCCUAUCCUGCAUGAGAAACUUCCUCCAAACUUGGUCGAAGUUGGACAGCUUUUGGCACUCAUGCAACACAGAUUUCUGCGUGAUUCGAUUUUAGCAUGACAAGUUCCAACCUUCCAGACCCAGACAUUUUUACAUUUGAUAAGAAAGUGGAACAAGGAGCAAGCGCAGCAAAGAAAUCAUCCACAACCUUCACCCAGGAACAGCAGGUGGCCGCACCCAAGCACGCCGCCAAGGGAAAACCGAAGGGGAAAGCGAAGGAGCCUCACCCGGAACCAGAAGAAUCGGAGGAGGAAGGAUCGCCCGAGGAUGGCGAGAAGGAAUAUGAAAAGUGUAAAUCCAAAUUCUUGUUAUUUGUCUUGGUCGCUGCAAAAUAAGUAGACGGAGUGUUGCAAAAAUGCUUGAUGACUGUCAUGAAACAUCAAGUGAAACGUCGCUACACGACUUUGUAAGCAGGCAUGUCGCACUACGAGGACGAGGACGAACUAUCGCUGUGUCUAUGUUCAGGUACUACAGCUUUUUUUCCCAGUACCAUGAUUAUACAUGUUGAUCCGUCUACACACGGCACCAUACGACCCUGACACAAAUUGGAAUUUUUGUGAGCGACACAUAGGAGAAGGAGAAACACGACGAAGAUGAAGAGAAGGAGGAUGGUGAGGGGCCAACGACCGAGCCGCCGCUGGAUGACGGCAAGAUGACGCUGUACGUGAUCAUCGGCAUUCUGCUUUUCUGCCUGCUGGUCACGCUCGGCUUGCUGGCGUACAAGUUUUCCCAGACCACCACCAGUGCGGGGUACGGGCGCGCGAGCAAGGGCGGCAAGAAAGGCGGCAAAGGCGGCAAGACGAUGGGCGGCGGAGUAUCAAGAAGAAAAUUCCCCCCUCCCCAUAUCAAAACGGAAAUCUGUAGUGAUGCAGAUUCGUGGGAAAGCCUUGCACCUUCAGCAUGGCAGGAGGCAGCUGGAAGUGGGAAACUGCAUGACAAGUUGCCUGCAACCAAGGCCACAACUGCGGCUCUUGGCCUUCUAGCAUUACAAGCCGACUCGUGUACUCAAAUACAACAGCAUCACAAAUUUCGUUUUCGAUAGGUGGAGGAGGGAUUUUUUCUUUCGAUACGGAGGAAAGGGGAAGGGCAAAAUGCCAGAAGAAGACCCGUUCGCCGACGACGACGAGAACGCCGGAAUGAUAUCAAAUGCAAAUAUGUCUGGGUCUGGAAGAAUGCUGAUGUUUGUCAUGCUGUUUUUGCAUGACAGAAAAUGUCUGUCAUGGAAGCCCUAGCAUCACAGAUUUGGAUUUCGAGAAGCUUCCGCAUUGCUUAAUCCGCAUGACAAAUCCCCCAUUUUGGUGACAGGAAAUGGGCACCUUUUGCUGCCUAUGCAUGAUAAUUUUUUGGUGUUGUGAAAUGCGCAUCACAAGUUCGCAUCCUUCCAGACCCAGACAUAUUUGCAAUGCAUAAAUGAUGGACGACUACAACGAUGACGGCCCCGGUAUGGGAUAAUUCUCAACUGUUACAUUCUCAACCGUUCCAUGAAUUUGCGAUGCGAGAAUGUUGGCAAAACAAGGCAAGUAAGCAAGAGGGGGAAGAUUGCGCGUUUUGCAUAAUACAGGUUUGGCGCAGAUUUUAAUGCUAAGCAUCGAGCAGUUGCAGUUCGAGAACUUGCCAUGCGAAGCAGCUUGAUCAUGCCCUAGGUACCGAUGGCAAUUUUGCAUGACAGCUUUAUAUCGUAAGCAAAUUGAGAGUGUAACGCUUGAGAAUCCCUCCAUAGCCGGGGGCUACAGCGCCGGCGCGGGGUACGGGGACGACCAAAACUACUACUAAAAAGGACCUGCGGGUAGAAGAUAGUUCUUGCCGAACAAAGGCAAGAGGGAUGAGCAUUUUAAUGUUCUGUCGGAGAACACAAAGACAAACCACUGCUUAGUACAGUGAAACAAUAGAACAAUACGACAGAGUAGAAGAAGUACUUAUUUGCGCCAACUGUGCCGUCCAGCCUUGUUCAGACACAGAAGAGACGAACAAGAAUUUUACACUAAACAAGAGAAGAACAUCAUCGAGUGCAACCAGCACACUCGAGCGAGAGACGCUAUUCCGAGAACCAUUUGUGAAAUUGAAAAAAUUAAGAUGAAUGUACAACAAAAGCAAAGUGAGAUUGAGUCUUGUUUCUAUUGUAUGAUUGAGUUUUUACUCAUUUAUUCAGGUAGUUUCUGUAGUGUACCAACCUAGUUCGAGAACGAGUUGAACCUAUAUCCAUCUAAACGUCAGGUUGUUGCGUGUGUUUCACACUGUUUCACUGUACCUUAAAGUUUCUUCACGCAAAAAAGUGAAGUUAAAUAAAGUUGAGAAACAAAUCGACUAUGCAGCUCCACGUACCUGCAAAUGAAAUUUGAAUUUGUGCACAAAAAAGGAAAGUUGUACGAUG